CCGGGCUGCCGCGGGGAAGCAUUUGAGAGUGGGACCGCGAGAAGCCGCUUGUAAACAGAGCCGGGCCGGGAUGGUCGGCGGCAGGAGCGGAGCCGCUGGCGGUGAGGAGGGCGGGCUGCCUGGGUCGGGGCCCUGCCGGGGGUCGGCUGCAGGCCGCGCGGGCGACCGGACCCAAGCCACGGAAAUCCAGGAUUGGUGCUGCGUUGCUCUCACAGAUACUGCCCUGCUGUCUUCACAGAGGCCUCCGAGAAUAAGCUCCGCGUGUGUCUGUGCCUGGCCUCCUCUGGGCAGCCAGAUGAAGGGUACUUCCACCGGUUCCCACAGCUGCACUGCUGAGCCACUGCUCUGUGUUGGCUGAAUGUUCGUGACAGCCUCUCCUGAAGUCGUUUAGGAGGCUUAGACCCUGUGUCAUGGAAGCUUUGGAAGUGGAUGACAUCAGCCCUGCCUUAGAGGUGACUGAGGACUUCUUCAGCACUUUCGAUAGUAAGCUGGAAAAGGCCGUACAGCAAGCAGAGGUGUACGGGAUCCAGGAAGUCCCUGAGCUGGUGGGGCACGAGGUACUCAGUAACCUCACAGACAACGGUGCUUUGAGAAAUGUUGCCUCCCUGGGCAAGGGGACCAUGAUUUGGGACCACUGUAAGAGCAGGCUCCUCGAAACCAAAGCUCAAAAUGUCUUCCCUGCCAAAGAGCAGCUCAUGGUCCAGAGAGGAACCGCCCCAGACAACCUCUCCUGGAUGGAGCAAAAGGAAGCGUCAACCUUCAACUUCUUCAACUUCUGUCAGCGUCGGAGGGACAGACCUCGCUCCGUGAAUGACUUAUUGGAUGAGACCACCACUUUCAAGCCGGGACAUGCUCGGUCAAGGUCCGACAUCACCCACGUAGACUGGCGGCUAGUCCUCAGCACCAUGCCGCAGCAGCAGCAGCAGCAGCAGCAGCAGCAGCAGCAGCAGCAGCAGCUGGCCCUUCAAGGCCCUCACUUUGCCAGGCCGUCUUUCCUGUUGCCUUCGCCCAGUAAGGUUGAAGAUGCCCAAGGAAAUACAGAACACAAGCAGACGUUCCCAAACAUACUGAAGAAGGGCUAUCUGGAGAUCAGGAAGAACCACGACAGUUACUGGCAAAGCUGUUACGCCGAACUCUCACCCUACAACUUACGCUUCUACAGCCUGGACAGCAGCGGGAACCAAAGCCCGUACGCCACGUACCAGCUGUCACACUUCCAGAGCAUAUCUGUGCUAGGCAAUCUGGAGGCCAGGCUGGUAGACACUGUUCUCUAUGACAACUCGCAGCUGCAGCUAAAGGCGGAGUCCCCGUGGGAGGCACUGGACUGGGGGCAGAAGCUCUGGGAAGUUGUGCAUGCCGCUGCACCCAAUGGCACGGGCCGGCAGGAUGAGCUGGCAAACUCACCAGGGUUUGGUCAUCAUGUUGACUGUACACAGAACCACUGUUUACCGAAGAAAUCCAGUGGGCUGCUGUCCACCCCUGUCUUGGAGAGCCCCAAACAGUACCAAAACAUCCUCAAAUCAGGGACACUCUACAGAUUGACCGUCCAGAACAACUGGAAGGCGUUUACAUUUGUGCUGAGCAAGGCCUACCUGAUGGCCUUUCACCCUGGCAAGCUAGACGAAGAUCCCCUGUUGAGCUACAACGUGGAUGUGUGUCUGGCGGUGCAGGUAGACAACCUGGAUGGCUGUGACUCUUGCUUUCAAGUCAUUUUCCCCCAAGAUGUCCUCCGCCUCCGGGCUGAGACCCGCCAGAGGGCUCAGGAAUGGAUGGAGGCUCUGAAGACAGCAGCCAACGCGGCGAGGAGUUCCGAGCAAAACCUGCAAGUCACACUGCGGCCCAAACCCAAGGAGCAGAUAGGUGGCCACGAGCUGCGGAAGAACAAGCGUCAGUCGGUGACCUCCAGCUUCCUGAGCAUCCUGACAACCCUGUCUUUGGAGCGAGGACUCACCGCUCAGAGUUUCAAAUGUGCAGGAUGCCAACGAUCUAUUGGUCUUUCUAACGGCAAGGCCAAGGUGUGCAAUUACAGUGGGUGGUACUACUGCAGCAGCUGCCACGUGGACGACAGCUUUCUCAUCCCAGCACGAGUCGUUCACAACUGGGACACUUCAAAAUAUAAGGUGUCCAAGCAGGCCAAGGAGUUCCUGGAGUACGUGUAUGAAGAGCCCCUGAUCGACAUCCAGCAGGAGAACCCCAUACUGUACCUCCACGCAGAGCCGCUGGCCGCCGUGGUGCGGCUGCGGCAGCAGCUGAAGUCGCUCCGGGCCUAUUUGUUCAGCUGCCGGGCGGCGGUGGCCGAGGACCUGCGCCGCAGGAUUUUCCCCAGAGAAUACCUCCUUCAACAGAUCCACCUGUAUUCUCUCGCUGACCUGCAGCAGGUGAUAGAGGGCAAGCUGGCUCCGUUCUUGGGCAAGGUCAUUAAAUUCGCCACCUCGCACGUCUACAGCUGCAGUCUUUGUAGCCAGAAAGGGUUCAUCUGCGAAAUCUGUAACAAUGGCGAGAUCCUCUACCCCUUUGAGGACAUUUCAACAAGCAGGUGUGAGAGCUGUGGCGCCGUCUUCCAUUCCGAGUGCAAAGAGAAGUCCGUCCCCUGCCCGCGCUGCGUCCGCCGGGAGCUGCAGAAGAAGCAGAAGUCCUUCUGGCGCCAGCUGAACGUGGACGAAAGCCUGGAGGAGGCGUGCACCAUGUUCGAGCUGUCCUACCAGAACACCUGACUGCAGGCCGGGCCGCUCUCACCCACCACCGCCCGCAGGGCCACUCGGGCCCGUGCAGAUGAGGCUGUUUCUCCUCCAGCUAGAUGUAGAUAUCUAAGUUAUUUAUUUAUAUUAUACACACCUAUACGUCCCAUACGUAUGCUUCGUAUAACCCACUGCCCAAGAGGUCCACAGAGAUCCUGCGGCUGAACUCCUACCAGAUAGCUGGGUUACACUUGGCCAUGAAAUUCAGCUGCUUGCUCCCGGCGUCUGUGGUUUUACACACUUUGCUCUGUAGUUCAUUCCCCUGCACUCACACCGGCUCUAAGGGCCGGGCUACCUGCCGCACAGGCAUCAGAAGAAGCAUCUCCCACGGCUAAGCUCGGGGUUGUCGCUGAGUUUUAGCCUUUGCUAGGGAAACCAAGGCAAAGACCACUGUCACCUGCUGCACAUGGAAAUCUACAAAACACGGCGCUUCUGGAUCCUUCCAGGCGCCGGAGUCCUUGGCAGAGACUGGAACGACAAAGCAGAUCCGCAUCGCAGACACCCAGAGGGUCCCUCCCUCCAACAGAAACCAGGAGGAGCAGAGCCGCCCUGGGUUUGAAGUUAAUCCCUGAAAGUGACUACAGAAGGCCCUCGGGGGCCAGUCACUGCCUGUCCUCCAUCUGUUUGCCGGUACGAAGCCCAGCCCCUGCCCGAUGGUUACCUGCCAGAGUGGGCACAGACAUCCUAAGAACAGGUUUCCAAGCACGGUGUGGAGGAUGUUGGUUAUCUUUUUCACAGUGCGGGCCGGGAGGGAAUGUCCCGGGAUUGUCCUCAAGCAUAUCAGUGCAUAUAGACUGCUAGGCGUACGCCACACACAUCUUGGGGGACACGAUGUUUUCUCUCCUGGAGGCCUGCAUGGGCAGUGCCCACCUGUCAUUUUGAAUGUUGUGUUUCUCACUGUCCUUCGGAGCACUUUUGACCCUUUACCAGUCCAUGCGACGCCUCUUGCUUUUGUAUCCUGGGUGUUGUGUUUGUUUGGGAUGGGGCGUCUUUUAAGAAAGGGGCUGCCUGUAUAUCCCUGGCUGGCCUCAAACUUGUGAUCCCGCUGCCUCAGCCUCCAGAUGCUGGGAUUACGGGUGUGCGCCAACAUACCUGCCCCGGCUUUACUAGUUUUUAAUUAUUUAAAAAAAAAUUAUUUACACUUAAAAGUUAUACAAUUAUUAAAGAGUAACAUUUUGAAAAAUAUCAACCUAAAUUAUUAAGAAAAUACCAAACGUAAAUAGAACUCAUGAAUUUAACAUUAUUGAAAUAAGUAGAUAUAUACAUACAUAGUUACCACCUUACAGUAACACAAAAAAGUAAACACUGUCGUCGUCGUAGGCGCGAGAAGUGAAUCACUUCGCCCUUUGGAGGGUAGCGUCCUCCCCCUGCAGUCCCCUCCUAAGAGUGUGUAGUUAUCACUGUGACCAAGAUGACUGGUGGGACGGCGCUGGGAACCCAUGGCCAGCGUGUCUGCCGCCUUACCAGGAAGUAACUCGUUCGUCUGUCUUUCAGUCUGUCUUUCACCCUGAGCUGAUGCUGCCCGUGCUUCCCUCCUUCCCCUUUCCAGAUCGUCCGGGCUCUUCGGAUCUGGGGGGGACCGCUGGCUCACUGAGCAUGCGUCCGUCCGUUUCCUCUCCAUGUCCACCCCCGCAGGCCCCCGCUCUUGACGCUCUGUCCCCUGGGAGACAGUCAGCCGACUUGUGCGGCAGGGGCGAGCAUCCCCCUCUCAGCCCACGCCGUUUCCUUUGGCCCCAGACCACGAAGUUCAGCGCUACACGUGCGUUUAUUCCCUGGCUACCUAGAAGCUAUAACCAAGGCAUGAAACUUGGUAAAAGGCCAGGGCCCCAUUUCCCAGACACCCCACGGUGCCUUUUUUAAACUCUUGGAAAAGGCUGACGCCCCCUCGCUGGAGUGGUAGGGAAUGUCGCUCACGAAAGACAAGGGUGGGAAGUCUCCAGCACUUGGCAAAUAGGCAAACAGAUUUGAGAGUCUCCCUUCCUCCUCCCCCCCCCCCUUCGUGAAAUACAGUAUUUAUAUUUUCCAGCCUCGGAGAGGAGAGCAGAACAUGAUCUUUCACGGGAGAAUUAUAGACCUGCUUAUUAGGAAACAGAUGUGCUCCCGUGGCACAGUGCCUUCUCUCUCCACCCCCAAGUCCCUGUCACUGCCGCUUCGACUUUGACUUGGCUGUAAUUCAUCUAUCUGUGAUUCUGACUGUCAGGGAAGCUGUUCCCAGCACACUGAGCGCGCGCACACACACACACACACACACACACACACACACACACACACACACACACACACAGGUUUGCCCUGUGUACAGAACUCACAGGUACCCAAGGUCAGACCUGCUCCAAGUCAAGGGUGAAAUCUGAAUCCCUGCUCUAGACACUGAGUUGUCCCUACUGUCCCCUUAGAGGGCCCUGCUGUGUGUGUGUGUGUGUGUGUGUGUGUGUGUGUGUGUGUGUGUGUGUGUGUGUGAGCAGACCUUGGGAGCUCCUAAGAACUUUGCCCGGACAUUGCUUUUUGCUUUACUUUUUAAAGGGGAAAAAGAUAAAUGCGCUGUCAUCAAUGAUCUGGACCUGGAGCCAUGUUCCCGCCACUUCUGUUUUCUCUCUUGCUGUGUAUCUCUGGUAGCCUGGUCCAUGCCAGCCCUGGGCUCGCAGCAGCCAUCUCUGCCACCACCACCCAAAUCUGAGAGGACACAGUGGAGCCAGUUUAGGAGUUGGGUCUACCAUGAAAAUGCAAAAUUGCUAUUUUCAGCCCAGAAUGCCAUCGAGUGCAUGAAGGCCCUUACUGUUUUGAGGUCUAACAAAUUACUUGGUGCAGUGUUAGGUAAUUGUUCUACUGCUUAGAAACCACCGAAACAAAAGCAAGCCUGUGGAUUUCCACCUCCUUAUUCCGUCUCAGUAAAUAUCGUACACGUUAAAGCAUAAUGGAAAAUGGCCCAUUAAUCUCCUGGAGCUGGCAGUGGAGUCUGGGGAACUGCUUUUCACUAAACAGCCCAUUCCCUGGUGCAGCACAAGAAUUCCCUCCUGCUCAUGCCAGAAACUCCUGUGUGACAGCAUCCAGCCUGGGGGAAGUGUUGGCACCCAACCUCAGCGUCAGGAAGCCAGUUCCUAAAAUAGACCGGGGUUUGCACUGCAGUGGGAAGGCCGCGGAGUGUUCCAGAGGCAGUCAGCUGCGUUGGGAGCGAGUUCUUUCCAGGGCUGCCCGUUCCCAAAGUCGAAAGCAGCUGGAUCGGAAGACCGUGGAAACCCUCUGCUUCCCCCCUAACUGUACGUGCUGAAUAAGGGCCGUCUUUUGGGAGCCUUCGCAUUUGAUGAGCUGAGAGGGAACCACUUCUUAAUUCUUCUAUAAUUGGCCCUACCAAUAAAAGAGAAUGUGACUACAGUGCGAUUUGCAGGUUCUGCUACAGUCCUGAGAUAGUCCAGGGUUGACUCCCCUCAUCUGCCCCCAAACAAAAAUGUCUCCGUCACUCCGUCACUGUGGCUAAGUUCCAGGGCACCCUCUGGGGAGGUCUGGCCUCAUCUCUGCUUGUCAUGUGUGUGCACUGAAUGUGAGCACCCAUGGGUUUCUUUCUGCACCUCCCUAAAGAAGCUCGGCUUCCAGCCUUGCAAGUCCAUUCUCUUUCUGUGGGCCAAAAAACACCAGACACAAACUACCUGUGAGAGCAGGACCACAGUGAUGCCCCACACACACACUGGGCACCGACUCCACAGACCGCUGCCAUCCAGGAAGUGGAGACACGUGCUGCUGUUCGUUCUGGGGAGAGCCCAGCCCCUCCCCCUGCAGAUUAGCCCUCUGUCACCUCCCAGGCUUUAUUGAAAUGGCUAGAUUAAGAACUGAUCUUUGACCCUUUGUUGGAAUACUGCCUGGUUCCAACACAGACUUGAUUUUAUUUUGUUUUAUUUUUUUUUUCUCGUGCUCAAUGGAGAUGUGUGCAGCUUUAUGUGGGGAGUUUUCUACACUACUUUUCAUCUUCUGAAAUAAUGUGGAGAAGUCAGGAAUUUGAGACAAUGGGAAAAAGCUGGCACUGCCCUCCACGGCAUGGCUGGACCACCGACCUUUCUCCUUAUCCUCUCUUGGUGCCGACUUGUUGAUGGUGGGCGUUUGGAGCUUGGGUCACUGCCCUGCCUCCUUCCCCCUGCCUGACCCCAGGUUACAAUUGACGCGAAGAACCCCCUCGGCUAAGCUAACCCAUGCUGAUCUCUGUCACAGGGACAGCGGUCUUGACAGUUAAGUCUCAGCACUCACCAGUCCCUUUCUGUAGACAGCUCUGUCCUUUCUUUGGAUUCAGUGCUCUCCGACUCAAGAAUUUCUUUCUGGUACGUUUUAGUGGGUGCGGGGCUGAGAUUAAAAACUCCACACCACUAUAAAACUAUAAAACUCGGUUAAAGAAAAAAAUCAAAGAGGAAGCAUGGGGCAUCUCCCAGCCUGACUGCACCUGUCAGAGGUUUUCUUAAGAUGGGCUCCUGGUGAUCAUGGCAUGGACCACCGGCUUCAUGGAGUCGGCUCUGGUGUGAUGGGAAGCGCCGGCGAGUGGAACACUGGUUCCUGUGCCGGAAUCUCUCUCUGAGGAAAGAGGCCACUGACUGCUCAUCUUUUUCAGAAAGCCCAUUAUUUAGCAAGCCAGAUGACUGAGACACCUGCAGCAGCUUUUCCACAGUCGGGUCCCUCUAACUAGCCAUGGAAGUGCAGACCAACCCUGUCCCCUCCCUUGACUCCGCCGCCGCCCUUCAUCCUCAGCCCCGGUCCAGACGGUCCAGGCGUGGGCCUCUUGCUAACAAAGCACCUAGCAGAGAGCUGGCCUCCAGCUCCUCCCUCACUGUCCCUUUCCCCGUAGGAGUGCCUUAUAGUCUAGUGUAUGUAGUCUGACCCACUGGAAGCCUCCAGGCUCCUUCAGCUAACUACCCAUGGAUCCCUUCGCUCUUCCGGCCGGCUGCUCUUCAGUGCUCACUGCACCCUUGCUUAAUCUGGUGCCUUAACUUCACAAGUAAAGGGAUUCACACUGCACACUCGCUAUUCCAGUGCCACAUCGGUUUCUUCCACGCCGCCGCUGGCGCUUUUGACCAGGAAGUACAAAAGACAUAAUCAUACGAUGCUUUGACCAUAUUUUAUGUUUCCUAGCCACUCUCUGCUUGCUUUCAUUAACCAAACUCAGGGGAAUGUCAUGUCACCAAGGUCAAGAAAGAAACUAGCUACCCAGAACUGAAUAUGUAAAGUCUACCAACUCGGUGUUUAUUAAGUUCAAAAGUAACACCAACACAAAGAUUUUUUUUUUCUUCUACUGUAGAAAGAUUUUUGGUUUUUGCUUCCUGUGUCCCACAUGGGAAGUGGGAAGCCUCUGGGGUACACGUUGAGGACAGUGUCCCCUGUGUGCAGCCUGGGGAGUCCACCGGGCCACCGAAGCAGGCUUUGCCGUGGGAGUGUUCCGCCUUUGUUGGUGGCCUGUCAGGCUCCUAGUGUAAACAGUUAUCCGCUGUCUCUAGGGAAUGGCAAAAGAGGAGAAUGCCAAGGCUGCAGGUGAGGAACAGGAGUGUGGUGAUGCAGAAGGUUUCCGUACAGCGUGUUCUCGGCCUCCUGGAUCAGAUCCGCAUCAUUUCCCCUUAUUUCUGCUCAUGCGGUACAGAAUCAAUUAGGAUUUGGCAUCUGAGCGGUUCCCUCACUCCGUGUUAGUUAUUUGUAAUAGCUAAUGGGCUAAUUCAUGUGUUCUUUGUUGUCUGGGUUUUAUUGCCUUUUGUUUUGGGUUAAUUUAUCCAUACUUUUGUUUACAUUAUUUUUUUAAGAUAGUGACUGUGAUAAUGUAAAAGUGAACUUGUGCUGUUGAUGGGACAUCUCAUUUUUUACAGGGAUCUGUCACAUAAUUUAAGUGCACCCAUUCCAAAUUGUAUAAAGUUCUCUCUCAAUAAACAGCAAUGAAAGUAC